UCUACUUCCUGGUCCAAACUUUAUAAACAUUCAAGCUUUAUUAAUAGCAACAUAUCAGUUUAACAAUGAAAAUCUCUAAUAAAAGAAACUUGCUAUUCCUAGGAUAUUUUACCGUUAUAUUCGGACUGGUAAAUCCAGAUGAAUUUGAACCGAUCCCGCAAGAUGGAUUCUUCAACAACUUAAACCACCCGGACUGGGGAGCCGUCGACGACAUCCUGAUUCGGAAGUCCCCUCCGGCCUACCAGGAUGGAGUGUACGAGCCCGCGGGACAGGACAGACCCAACCCUUUCGAUCUCAGUGACAGCGCCCACAGCGGGGAGAGUGGUCUGUCCUCAGCAAGAGGAAGAACAGCCAUGUUGGUGUAUUUCGGUCAACAAAUUGUCGAGGAAAUACUAGACGUUCAAAGACCCGGAUGUCCAAGAGAAUUCUUUAAUAUCCCAGUGCCUAAAGGUCACAGAUUUAACCCCAAAAAUUUGGACAACCUUCAGAUGCCCCUACAGAGGUCAAGGUUCAAUCAAAGAACAGGGCAGACGGCAGGGAAUCCAAGACAACAGUUAAACGAAAUAACACCUUUCCUAGAUGGCACUUUGUUUUAUGGCCCUGGAAAAGCUUGGACAGACGCCAUACGAGAAUUCAAACGUGGCUAUCUCAAAGUUAAGGACCCCAGUACAUAUGAUGACAUCACAAAACAAUUUCCGGCGGACAACGACAUCAGACUCCCUUUUGCGAACCCUCCGCCACCUGCAGACCACUACCUUAAACCCGUCAAACGAUUUUUCAGACUUGGAAACAUUCGAGGAUUUGAGAAUCCGUUUUUGCUUACGUUCGGUGUUCUCUGGUUCCGUUGGCACAAUGCUAUUGCCAAACAGCUUGGAGACAUACAUACACACUGGAACGACGAGGAAUUGUUCGAAGCUGCAAGGAGGCAUGUCAUUGCUCAUCACCAGAAAAUAGUGAUGUAUGAUUGGCUACCAAGAUGGCUGCAAAUUACAUCGAACGGGAGGUUUUUCAACAUUCCAAAAUAUUCCCGUGGUCCCAAUGAAUCUUGCACAGGAAGGCUAUGCGCUUUUAAUGGUUAUGAUUCCGAAAUUCAUCCGGGGAUUUCUCAUGAGUUCCAGACGGCAGCUAUGCGUUUUGGUCACACACUAGUGACUCCAGGCCUUUGGAUAAGAGGGCCGAAAAAAAUUAAUGAUUGUAACUGGAGGAACAGGACGAUCGGAAUCCCUAACCAGCCACAUAAAGUCCACGCCAUCCGACUCUGCAAUGCCUUCUGGAACAGCAGGGAGCCGGUAGAGAGCAUGUUAGACGAUAUUGUUCGUGGUCUUGCUUCAACUUUAGCUGAAAAAGAGGAUCAUAUAGUUGUUCCAGAUCUUAGGGAGCAUCUUUUUGGACCAUUGGAAUUUUCUCGGCGUGACCUUGUUGCUAUAAAUAUCCAGAGGGCGCGGGAACAUGGUCUCGCAGACUACAACACCAUCCGAAAAGCGUUUGGUUUGGAAGCAGUGACUUGGAGCAACCUGACGACAAAUACCGAUGCAUCUCGCCAAAAAGCCAUCAGUGAUCUGAGGUCUCUGUACAAGAAUUCCAGUUCACCAGAUUUAGACAUCUUUGUCGGGGGAUUACUAGAGACUACAGAGGAUGGACCUGGCCCAUUAUUUCAGAGCAUCCUUAUUGACCAAUUCAUGCGAAUCCGUCACGCCGACCGGUUCUGGUUUGAAAACAAAGACAAUGGAUAUUUUACCGAUGCAGAGAUUGAAGAUAUAAUGAAGGUGACCCUCAAAUCUAUCAUUUUAAAUGUGACCGAUGUUAAAGACGACGAAAUUCAAGACGACGUUUUUAUUCAUAAUAAUUCAACUGGGGAUGUCUGCCCACAACCCCAACCAUUGAAGGCUGAUUCUAAUGAGAUGUAUAAAAAUACCGGUAUUCACAUCAUAGAAAACUGUACGUCAGUACAACACUACGACUACUUUUCCGGAAGUGGAGCAGCAUUCAUUCUGACUUUUGUAGCACUAGGACUCUGCGUUCCAGGGACCGUCGGGAUAAUGGUGUGCAUGGCCAAGAUGCGAGCGAGGCAAAUGCAGCGAGGUCGACAGAGGCGAUCACCCCACCGCCCUAAUGAUGACCCUAACGUUUUCACAGCUGUUGAGUGGGUUGGUCCAAACUCAGAUGAGCGCAACGUGAAGGUAAAAUUUGACCGAACUCGGAAGAAGAUUCACGUAGAAGACAUGCGCAGAAAACCAUUACGAAUGUUGGAUCUGAGAACUGUGAAAGGCAAAGUGCAUUACAGAACGGCAACAGACGGACUUCAGAAUGUCAUUUCUAUCCGUAUAUCGGGGGAAAUUGAUCUGGUUCUCAAGUUUUUGGAUAUGGAGGAACGAGAAAAAUUCAAGAAGAAUUUGGAUAACUUUUUGGUUGACCUUCAGAUUGAAAGAGAAAUUCACCAGUUCUCAGAAAAAUGGAUCUACGAUAACGCUAACACAAAAGAGGAACGGCAAAAAUAUCUUGAUAAAUUUUUCCGCGUUAUUUGCCUUCAGGCUUUCAACAAAAACCCCGGACAAAUGCAAAUAGAGAGUAUGAGUGGAGAUGAUCUAAAUAGAGUAACAAAAAUACAACUCACAAGAACGGAAUUCGCCGACGCACUGGGACUAAAACCGAAUUCUAUAUUUGUACGGAACAUGUUUAUGAUGGUUGAUAAGGAUAACAGUGGAUUUGUGAGCUUCCAAGAGUUCCUCGACAUGUUUGUGGUUCUGGCCUCAGGCGAUGCCGACGACAAAACAAGACUGAUCUUCAAUAUGUACGACGUCAAAAAGCAAGGAAAACUAACAAGCAAGGAGUUUGCCCGCAUGAUUCAUUCCAUGCUAGAUCUCUCAGAUUCAUCCAUUUCCGAAACCGAUAUGAAAGCUUUGAUGGGUGCCAUGUAUAAGGCGGUAGGACUAAAAGAGAAUUCCGAUAUUGACUUCGAAACCUUCUCCAGAAUUUUUGCUUCGGAUGAAUACAAAAGUACCUUACAGAAAGCAACACUUGGAAUAGACGCACUCGGAAGAGAUGGUAAAAGUGAUGGAAAAUCAAGUAUGGCUAAAAAAAGAACUUCAUUCUUUCAAAGCUACAAGAUGGAUACCGAUAGAACUCUUCAAAGAACGAACACAAAGGUUAAAGUGAAAGCAAGGACAGAGCAACUUCCGACAACACCCUUGGGACAAAGGCUUUAUGAGUUUACCAGAAAAAUAGAAAACAAUCGACUUCAGAUAUUUUGGCUUACUCUUUAUAUUUUAGUCACCUUAGGAAUUUUUUUGGAGAGAGCUUUUUACUACUCAUUUGAAAGAGAACACGCUGGACUACGCAGAAUCGCCGGAUAUGGCGUCACAGUAACACGUGGUGCAGCCAGUGUAAUGAUGUUCACGUAUUCCAGUCUCCUUGUUACCAUGAGUAGGAACACCAUAACAUUUCUAAGGGAGACAUUUCUUCAUCGGUUUAUCCCUUUCGAUUCUGCUCAUGCCAUGCACAAAAUAGUAGCCAUGAUUGCACUUUUAUUUACAGUGAUGCAUUGUGUCGGACAUGGUAUCAACUUAUAUCAUAUAAGUACACAGGCAUCAACAGACUUAAACUGUAUCUUUCGAGAAUAUUUUAGAGCUACAGAUGUUCUAGCCUCGUUCCAGUACUGGGCUUACGGGACGAUCACCGGUCUGACGGGGAUCAUACUAACGCUUAUUGUUAUCGUCAUGUACGUGUUCGCCACGCCCUACGCCAGGAGAAACGUCUUCAAUGCUUUCUGGUUCACCCAUAGUUUCUACAUUCUACUCUAUAUCUUUAUGGUGAUGCACGGUACAGGAAGGCUUGUUCAGCCUCCAUUGUUUCAGAACUAUUUCUAUGGGCCUUUGUUUAUAUUCGUUGUGGAUAAAUUCAUCAGUCUCAGCCGAAAUCAAGUCGAGAUUGAUGUUAUAUCUGCAGAUCUAUUACCAUCAGAUGUCACUGCUCUGAAGUUCAAGCGUCCAAUUAACUUUGAAUAUAAAUCUGGUCAGUGGGUCAGAAUCGCCUGUGUAAAAUUAGGUAAGAGUGAAUACCACCCGUUUACGCUGACGUCUGCGCCUCAUGAAGAUUAUCUCAGUCUGCAUAUUCGAGCUGUUGGCCCCUGGACGACAAAUCUUAGGAAAACAUACGAUGCUAAUAAGGCCAGUUCAGAAGAUUGGACUCCACCAAAGGUCUUGUUGGACGGUCCGUUCGGGGAGGGUCAUCAGGAUUGGUAUAAGUUUCCGGUUGCUGUGUUAGUAGGCGGCGGGAUCGGUGUAACACCAUUUGCGUCCAUUUUAAAAGACAUCGUUCAUAAAACAUCACAACCUAUACAGUUUCCUUGUCAAAAGGUAUAUUUUCUGUGGGUGACCAGAACCCAGAAGCAGUUUGAAUGGUUAACAGAUAUCAUACGAGAAGUAGAAGAAAAUGACAGGAGAGAGCUGGUGUCUGUCCAUAUUUUUAUUACACAAUUCCAACAGAAGUUUGAUCUGAGAACAACUAUGCUGUACAUCUGUGAGCGUCAUUUCCAAAAGAUUGCUGGGAAAAGUUUGUUUACCGGACUGAAAGCAAUAACGCAUUUUGGAAGACCCCAGUUUCAAGAAUUUUUGGAAUCUCUACACAGCGAACAUCCAGAGGCAAAGCAGAUAGGUGUAUUCAGCUGUGGGCCUCCACCAAUGACCUUGAAUGUAGAUAAGGCAUGCGCAGAGGCCAACAAAAAUGAAGGAUUCCCUACUUAUUCACACCAUUUUGAAAACUUCUAGUUGUUUAUGGUCCAUGCAAUCACUACCUUCAACCACUGACAGUACCCGUUAAAAAAGUUUGCAAAUUUUGUCUUCUAGAUAUUAAGAAUGCAUCACACCUUAAAUCAAUUCUUGUGUCUCACCUAAUUUGAUUCUAUUAAUAAACUGAAAGCAAAGAUCAGUGUGCUAUACGGGUGAAACGAGUAUAUGUACCCAACUGUACAUUUGAUAUUUAUAUAUAUGUAUAGUAAAUAUAUAUAUCAUGUAUAAUAUACUCAUUAUGAUAAAUCUAUGUAUUCAUAACUAGUUAAAUUCAGAAUCUUUAAAAUUAUUCCGUUUGUGUGACUAGAAUUUUUAAUCAUGUUAAUUGUCUAAGAAAAAAAGGGACAAGAGUAUUUACUUAAAGUAAUGCUUAAAGUUGAAACUAAGCAAAAUGAAUUUGCAUUUAUAUGUAUCUUGCAGAAUAUUUGUUUUAGUGUUGAAUUAAUUUUUGGACUAUUUUUUUUUUCAAUUUAGUUCUAAUCAGGCAUUUCAUACUAUGCCAUUUUUAUGAAAUGGCACCUGGAAAUGUCAGGAAAUUUUCGUAUAAAUAUAAAAUUGUCUUUGUAUGGAAGAUACACCACAAGAAAAUUGGGACUUUUGCUUGAAAUGUUAAUUGCUCAGCAUUAUAAAUAAUUAUCAUAAGUGUAUUAUAAAAAUAUUUUCACUAUUCGAUGACUUCCUACUCGCAUUUAAGUGUUGAUUGUACAAAACAAUUAUAACACGAUACCAUUUUAUUUAAUUUAGAGUUGUGGAUUAUUUCUGUAAUUACAAAUUUAGAUAUUACUAAGGUGCAAUUUUCGACAAUCAUGUAUUAGUAUCUAAACUAAAACUACUUAAUGUAUACGUUAAUAUUUUUUUUAAUUAUUAUGCUUUAAAGUUUUGGUAUAAACCACACACAAAAAUACAUCAUACUUUGAAAUUCCUUAAUCAGUUGUUUA